CACUGCCCGAGGAGUACCCCUACUGCUUUUGACCAACACACCAUAAAAAAGUAAAUAAAAAAUGCAGCUGAGCAGAUUUCGCCAUCAAACAUGAACAAAUCUCAGGAGAGGAGCAACCACAGCUCCUCCGCCAACUCCACGCCCACAAUGCACAAUGUGAGCGACACCUUCUACACCAGCCAGCGCAAGGGAAGCCACGUUUUCCGCGUUCGCUUGGAUGCCACGGGCUUCACGCUGCAACGCGAAUCGCCCAGUGGCGUGACGAUAAAAGAGCAAACGGUUAAGCUAUGCGACAUCGUUGGCGCCCGUUGUAUGCGUCUUAAGAAAACGUCGCGCAGCUUGGCUCGCUGUGCUUGCGUCAAUCCCGGAACACCGGCGGCAGGCGCAGCAGGGCGUAAGGGUGCCACGCCCAGCAAAUGCAGCACGGCCAGCAAGGAGGAGGAUUACGGUUGCGAUGGUGGUGACGCUAGCGCCUAUCUGUAUCUCUUUGCUUAUGUGCUGAAGAAAAAGAGCUUAAGGAGCAGUUUGCAUCGGGAGCGCACAGUGUUGACGCUGCGCUUUCGCUCCUUCGAUACCUUCGAGGAUAACAUGCGGGAGGCGGAUCGUUGGUAUCGCGCACUACGCUGGCAGCUGCACAACACGCUGGAGGAGAUAUUUGUGGACCGUUUGGAUGAGUCACGCAGACGUCGUGCUCUGGUGCUACUGAAUCCCAAGUCGGGAUCGGGAAAUGCGCGAGAGGUGUUCAACAUGCAUGUGGCGCCGGUGUUGAACGAGGCGGAAGUACCGUAUGAUCUGUAUGUAACGAAACAUUCCAAUUAUGCCAUCGAAUUUAUGAGCACCCGACGGCUGGAGGAUUGGUGCAGCAUCAUUGCUGUGGGCGGCGAUGGACUCUUCCAUGAGAUCGUCAAUGGAUUGCUGCGUCGCGAGGAUUGGGCCAAGGUGCUGGACAGCAUAGCGCUGGGUAUCAUUCCAUGUGGUUCGGGCAAUGGUUUGGCACGCUCCAUUUCCCAUGGCUAUAAUGAACCCUACUUUAGCAACCCAGUGCUGGGAGCUGCCUUGACCGUCAUCAGUGGCCGCAGCUCACCGAUGGAUAUGGUGAGAGUGCAGCUGAAGGAGCGUGUGAUGUAUUCAUUCCUAUCGAUUGGCUGGGGACUCAUCUCGGAUGUGGACAUUGAGAGCGAAUGCAUACGCAUGUUUGGCUAUCAACGCUUCACCAUCUGGACGCUGUAUCGUCUGGCCAAUUUGAGGACGUACAAUGGCAAGAUUAGCUAUCUGCUGGCAGACCAAGAGGCUUCAUCAUCGACAUCACAGGCAGCCACAGAGCAAUCGCAGCAGCUGGAGGAGUUGCGCAAACUGCAAUCGAGUCGCAGCUGCAAUAUGCAUAUCGAUAAGCUGGCCAGCGACAGCUAUGCGAGACGUUCCAUUGAGUAUUUGCCGCAGGAGUUCGAGGAUGUCAUCUCGCUGGAGACGUCGAUCAAUCAAUCGUUUCGUUCGCGUUGCGACAGCUGGCUGUCGGGUGGCUCCCGACGCAGCUGCUACUAUUCCAUAUCAGAGAGUGUCUAUCACAGUCUGGCCGAUGAGAGUGAGUUUGCCCAGCAAUCGACGGCGGCAACAGCCGCGGGAUUGGAGCACUUUGGACCAAGCAGCAGUCUGCCAGUGUUGGACGAACCGUUGCCUCAGUCAGCGGGCUGGCAGGUGGAGGAGGGCGAGUUUGUGAUGAUGCAUGCGGUGUAUCAGUCGCAUCUGGGCAUCGAUUGCCAUUUUGCGCCCAAGUCGCUGCUGCACGAUGGCAUCAUUUAUUUGGUUUUAAUACGCGGCGGCAUCAGUCGACCGCACCUGCUGAGCUUCCUGUACAACAUGAGUACGGGCAAUCAUCUGCCGGAGAAGAACAACGAGUAUGUGAAGGUGCUGCCGGUGCGUGCCUUUCGUCUGGAGCCACACGACAAUCAUGGCAUCAUCACUGUGGAUGGCGAACGCAUUGAGUUCGGUCCGUUGCAGGCGGAAAUUAUGCCGGGCAUUGCCCGUGUCAUGAUACCGAAGUAAUGAGGCAUGACCUGAGCUGAGCGAUUAACAUUAAUUGGCGCAAUAACAAAUCUCAACAAAACACAACGAGCAAUAAUUAAUCUCCAUUGGGAAUCUCAAGCAUUUUUUGUACACACAUUUGUAGUUAAUAGACAAAUUCCGUUGUUAGGUUUGUCGGUAUCAGAAGUAUCUGUAAAACAAAUUAUAUAUACAUAUAUGUGGUAUCAUAUUUUUUUUAUUAUUAUUUCAAAAUAUUUUGUAAUCUUCUUGUUAACAUUUUUAAAUACUAUACCAGUUAUUAAUAAAAUACAAAAGAUAUAUGUGCUAGCUAGUUAUACAAACU